AAUCUCAGGGUCGUAAGUUCGAGCCCCACACUGGCUGUAGGGAUUACUAAAAUAAUAACUGUACGUGUUUAAUGUUCUCCAUAGAGUCCACGUCUUCAAGCAAUCCUCGGACUUCCAAGUAUAAAUGAAUCUGAGGAUCUUGCUAACAGUGCAGACCUGAUCCCAAAGGUCUAGGGGACCCUGGGGUUCUGCACGCUGAGCCAAGGUCCAAGUAAAGCCCAUGCUCGUGCUUUGCAGACCACGUUUGAGUAGGAAGGUUUUAAACUAUCUCCAGAGAGUACCUGCUUGUAUUAAGUGAUAAUUCGCACUUGUGUUUGUUUUUACCGACUACCCACCACGGUGUUCAGGGCUUCUGAUGGCCCAAGAUGUGGCUGUGUUGCCACCCUUGAGAUGACGGCACCGCUCAGACUGCUUACCUGCCAGUUUUAACUCUAAGCACUGUCUGAUACCUGUCAGUGUUGUGAAAUACUUAAUGUCUCAAGGAUGUCCAGCCCCAUUUCCACUUAGCUUCCUUGGUGGCUGGGUGCCCAGCUCAGUCCCCACUGUAUUACCCAGCACAACCAGGCGACCUGGACAGCUCAUAAGUCGUUUUGACCCUAAUACUCUGGAACCAGAAUCUUCUCAGAUAGACCAAGUUUGACAUCUCAGGGAGGGGAAAUCUUGCACGGCCCUUCUCUGAGUGGCCACAGAAGGUGGCACAGGGCCUUGCCUUUCCUCAGGAAAUGUGUUUUGUGGUAAACUGCACAGAACAGAAUUUACCAUUUAAGCCAGUUCAGACGGUGCAGUUCAGUGGCCAUAAGUACCUUCACAACCGUCACCAUCCGUCUAUAGAACUUUCUCAUCUUCCCAAACUGAAACUCUGUACCCAUUAAACACUAACGUUUGUUCCGACCCACCGCCAGUCUCCUGUCUCUGGACUUGUCCAGUCUAGGCACCUCAGCCCCGCAGUCACACAGCAUGUGUCCUUGUGUGUCUGGUCAAGGGAUACAGUUUUAAUCUUCAUCAGCAGGAGGCAUGGCCUACAUAGUUACUACUGUUGCGCUUUAACCCAUGCUGAUGGGAGUCCGACUGGCCACCGACGAUGUGUCUGCUGAUGGUUGUUUGUGAACAAUUGAGGGCAGUUUAAGAAAAGCAUCAGACAGGAGAAAAAGCAUCAAAAGACUGCACUCAACAGACCCAGACAAAAUUCCUUCUGAGGACUUGGGAGAAACAGGUAAAACGAAGUUAAAUAUAUAGCAUAACCCUCACUUUUGUCAGGGAACAAAGUCCAGGGACAUAAUUUGGUGCUACAACAGAUCUUCUCUCCCUCCUUUUCUUCCCAGCGCAGCCCCAAUCCACUUCUAGCCAGACCUUGUGGGCAGAGGUAGAAAGCCGUCUGUCUCCGAGUAACUGCCUCGAUUUCUCUUCUGCAUCUUGUCCAUAUCUAUAGAAGGGAAAACUUGACAAUUCAGCUACUUAAUUUACUCCUUUUUCAGUUAACUUACUACUUAAUCAGCUACUUUUUAAAAUGUCCAUCCUCCACAUUCCACCCAUUACCCUCAUACAGGAAUAUAGUCCCAUGACCCUUCGUGUCAUGCAGCUGUUUAUGUGACCUUGAGGAGGUCCAUAUGUCACAAUGCAUAGUUAUUUACCAACACUAAGCAUUAGCAUUGCCAGAUCCAGGCUAGCCCAAGCGGUAUCAGAUGAAUGAGACCCAGCCCUGCUCCCAGACAUGCCGGUUCAUGAACAAGAUGGCCACAUAAACAAUUAAAAAGCAAGUGGUCAAGUGCUGCUGCCUCCACCAAGCAAACCAGAAUCAAGCAGAGAUCUUCCCUGGAGCCUACACCAGUUUAUUUAUUUAGGUAAUCUCCAUACCCAGCAUGGGGCUCGAACUCACAAACAACCUCAAGAGCUGACUGCUGACUGAGCCAGCCAUGUGCCCCGUCGGAGAUCUUACUGCACAACGAUUACUAAUCUACUCUACCACAAAAGCAUUUCCGGUUGCAGACAUGAGCUGGUCUACAGCUCUUGUUGUACGUGCUGAAUCCGAGGACAAAGUCCCCUCACGAUGUUUCUUAGUAAUGACACCAAUCCGGAGGAAAGCGGGGCGGCGGCAGAGUCUCCCGGGUGUUCGCUGCCAGAAUUGUAUGCUUUUGUUGAGGACUUUACUAAGGAGAGCAAGAAAUCAAAUCUCCUAAAAACUCACGGUAUUUCACUGAGCGAAGCGCAGAAAAUGCUUAGUCAAAACCUGAAUGCCAUGUCAAUUAGUGGAACCGACGACAUGAGGGAAGAAGACCCCCAGCCUCUUUUCGUGUGCAAGGUGGUGAGAAGAGAGGAGGAGAAACCAGACUCUAUGACUGAAAUCCUGUACCGAACCUUGUUGACCCCUUCGCGCUCUCGGGUGGAGAGACUCACCAGAUCCCAGCAGAGGCUCUUCCGGCAUGGGAUUCCUCCUCCCGCACACACUUUUCCCUAUGAGAUUCUCAUCGAACACUCCAAAUCCUCAUCACCGGUCCCCGUCCCCGUAAAGGAGAAGACUCAGGGUGCCAACAUAUUAGGCAUGCUGGGCAUUUCCAGGAUCAGGCCAGAAAAUUUUGUCUUUGCAGACAGAAUUGCUAAGUACUUCUUAGUUGAUCCAGAGAAACAAUUCAUGGAUCUAAGGGAUCUGGAAUGGAGAUACUACAAGGGGCUCGUGUCGUGGAAGCACGGUACUAAAGAUCCAUUCAUAGACAUAAAAUAUGACAGUGAGAAGAGAUUUGUGGACAGCCAGCAGACACCUGGUGUCAUUUACCCCCCUGUAGUUUGUAGGUCUUUAGUCAUUUACCCUCAGGUUGAUUAUCCCCCCAAAAAUGCAGCUUCUUCUUAAAUGAAAUAUGUUGUUUAUUAAAAUGCUUUGGACAUGGGUUUUGUUUUUGAACUUAUAUGUGAAAAGUAAAGAAGCAGAUGGGACAUAGGAACCGAGUCUAUACAAUAUUGAUGUAAAAUCCAAAAUUAAACCAUUAAUAUGGAGAACAAGAUUCAGAUUGAUCUGCUUCUAUAAGACCAACCAGGUUUGGACCUGUGAAGCCCAUUGGGACCAGGGCUGAGGCAGAUCUAGAUCAUGUGAAAAGUUAAGGACACCUCUGAAGGAGAGCUACCAAGCAAGAACAGCUCUUUAAAAUGUUCUACACUCGUGAAGAAGUGUAUUAUCUUUAAAAAAGGUUGGUAAAUUCGACAAAUCAAAGAAUGAAUCCCUGAGGAUGUAGAGAUCAAUCUGAGAACUUAAAAAUAAUAUGUUAACUGCUGAAAGACUUGAGGAAGGAAGUAACAUUUACGGAACAAGAACAGGAAGAUUUGAAAAAAAAUUGGUAAUCUUGAAAGUGAAACAUAUAAUUAUUGGAAGUAAAAAAUAAUCCUAAUAACCAUCAAAUAAUUAUCUCAAUGGGUACUGGAUUAAGUCAUCAAUAAAUUAAGUCAUCAAUAAAUUAAGUCAUCAAUAAAUUAUCUCAAUGGGUACUGGAUUAAGAGAGAGGAUUAAUUCAGAAGGAAGGAUCGUGGGGGGUAGAAUGAGAAGUUUAGAAGUAUAUUCAGUGGAAGUUGCAAAAGAAACCAGGGUAUGAACAGCGAUGUUUGAAAAUGAAAGGACCAAUAAUUUUCCAGAAAUGAAAUGAAUGAAAACUGGAACGGAAAAACCUCACUGAAUGAUUGGCAAGAAAAUAAAAAUAACUUUCUAUCCAGAAACCCCAUAGCGUAACUGCACCACAGUAAGGAAGAAAGGAAAAAACAGCCUACGAAAGAGAGGUUGAGGGAUUGCGUGGACAGAAGUGACAGAUUCUGUUAACAAUACACUCAAAAUGCUGAAGGAAAACACCGGGCAGCCUGAAAUUCACCAGCCAGCCGGAUGCUCUUCAAAGAGCAGGGUUAAAAUAAAUACUUUUUUUUUUUAAAUGUAAAAGCCAACUUGUUUACCGCCCACAAUCUCUUACUGGAAAAACCACUAAGAAAGUAUGUACUCUAGCAAGAACCCAGGGGGAGUCCAAGAUAUAAUGGUGAGCAAGUGAAUGAUCAAUAAUAUAUGUGUAUGAUUGUGUAGAUACUAAAAUAUAUUUCUGGAAUCGUGUCCCCAGUAUUUCAUUUAGAAAAUUUGCUUGAGUUUGGGGCACCUGGCUGGUUUAUUCAGAGAAGUAAGCAACCCUUGACUUUGGGGUUGUACGUUUGAGCCCACAAUGGAUAUAGAGAUUACCUAAAAAUUAAAUCUUUAAAAAAAAAAUUUUUUUUAAGAUUUUUAUUUAUUUAUUUAUUUGACAGAGAGAGAUCACAAGU